AUGUCUAUCAUUAAAGGAGUUGACUGGGUCCUUCCUCAAAUCAAAUGGUCCAUUAAAAGGGGAGACUCCCUCUUGUUCUGGCACAGCCGAUGGCAUGAACUUAGUCCAUUCACACAGACCAACCCAAGAUUAUUUGCUCUUUCUACCAAGAAAGGAGAUUCCAUUGCAAACAUGUGGAAUGCAGAAAAAGCCGACUGGGACCUCUACCCUCGAAGACCGUUAAGAAGUGUCGAGGAAGUUCUUUGGGAAGAUAUGAAAGUCUCCCUCCCUCCCUUGCCUGAUUCAGGAUUUGACAAUCCUCGUUGGACUUUAAACAACAAUGGCAGCUUCACUGUGGCUUCCAUCAAACUUGCAAGACCUCUAAACAACCAAGACGAGACCAACGAAGAUGAUGGGGAGAUCUAUAACAACUUAUGGAAAUCUACCAUCCCCAAAAGAUGCAAAUUCUUCGUAUGGACUCUCCUACAUGAGUGUAUCAAUACAAUGGAUAUGCUACAGAGAAGGCUCCCAACGUGGAAUUUAAAGCCCUCUUGGUGCAUCCUAUGCAAAGCUGCUGAGGAAGACAGACAACAUUUUUUCACCCACUGCCCCUUCUCAACAAAUCUCUUGAAGAAAGUUGAAGUUAUACUGGGCAAAUCCCUGCUCUUUCCAAAUUCCACUACCUUAUGCAAAGAUCUCUUCAAAACAAAAGGUAAAACGAAAAAGCAAACUAUCAAACAAUACCUGGUGGCUGCUACUCUUUGGAACAUUUGGAAUGAAAGAAACAGAAUGAUUUUUAGGGGGGAAGAAAAAAAAGUUGAUUCUGUAUGA